CAAUGACGACAGGUGGAGUAAGCAUUCCGGUCACAUCCACUGUUUCGAUUCCCAAUGUUAAAAGCAAUACCGUCGUCAGUGACGACCUCUACGCUACAGUUAAUCGUAAGAGCAAAACCAAUAAGCAACAACUACAACUUCUACAGCAGCAACAACAAUCACAACCAAUACAAACUACCACUACGCAUCUAACCGGUAAACACUUUAGUGACGAAUUCAUAGACGAUAGCAUUAGAAACUACAAUAGCCAUACUAAUAUAAGUACUAAUGUAAAUUCCUCCAGCUCUGGCCAUCUAAACAUGGCUAACGGCGAACUGUAUCCAAGAUCUUCAACCCAUUUUGACGAAUACUAUGGUGGUAAUCGAUAUUCCGACACUUCGGACUACUUCAGCCACAGCCAACCGCACUACUCCCAUUCGCCAAACUCGCACUCGCUAGCCACGACCAUAACGCACAAAAACGGACUAACUGACGAUGACGAACGCUAUUCCGCAUCUCAUCCACCUCCAAUCCACCCCCGAACGUCUCAAUCCCUUCCCCGAAACUCCGAACUGUCCAAAAUAGAUUCCCUGGACUCGUCCUACAGCGGUGGUGGGACUGAUCACCACUUCGUAGGUCACCACUCGCUCAACAACCUUCCAAAUUCCUCGAAAGUCACCAGCGACUAUCUCCACUACUCAUCUCUUCUGCAAAAAAACGAGGAUGGGAUGAACAGUAAAAAGACUUCCUCAGAGCGACUAGAAUAUGAAUUAUCCAACGCUAACAUCUACUCUACCGUACAAUACAAAGCUGGUUACGAUGACCAUGACGACUAUGACGAAGACUACAUUGGCGGCGGCUAUCCUAACACGGUGAAUGGCGUUGGGAGAGACGACUGGCAGCGAAGUAGCUCGUGCAAAGAGCUGUACGAUUACAAUUACGGCGGGGGAAGACCCGACUUCACGCUUCUAGAGCGGGAGUUUCUCACGUCCGAUCGUAUCGACAGUCCCGUCACUCGGUAUGACGACUCACGGCACUCGAUGUACGUUCAGAAAAAUCACUCCAUGGAUGUCAGCCAGGAAUUCUUGGCCACCGAGGGAAAGGUGUACUCGUCCAGCUAUCCUGGAACGACCUACAAUACCAUCGAUCAUAACAGCUACAAACGGCACCAAGGACAGUACUAUUCGAACUUCGAGUACGGUUCCCAGGAUGACAUUUCUCACGAUAGCUACGAGCUAUUGGAGAAAUCCGACGAUGACAUCUACUACAAGGUCAAUGCUCAAUCGGAAGCUCAUACGCGUUCGUGCUCGCUAGACUCGGGCAAUUACAUUCCGACUGAUGAUGAAAGCUAUUCAGAACAUCACUCGCAUCACUUAUCCCGAUUUGCCAAAUACCGGAGUAGUCUGGAAAGCAAAUCGAAAAGCACUGCAGAUAUUGACGAUCUGGAUGAUAUCUUCCUGAUGGAAGACCCCAGAGACCUCCCGAAGGAGAAGCUCUGUGUAAAAUCCGACGGCAAUUUCUACAAACAGAUCAAGAAAUCGCUGGGAUCGAGGACUUCCAGUCCAGAAUCGCGAAGUGAGUGCUACGAUCCAAAACUAUCGAAGAGCAGCGACUCUAGUAAAAAAUCCAAAGACAGUGUCUACCACACCGACAGCAACAAAAAAUCUCGAGAAACUCUGAAGAGUAAGUCCGGAUCCGGGUUCAACUCGCGCACAUCCAGUCAGGAUUCGCGAGACUCCUUCGGGAUGGACAUCUUGCUAACCAAAAACUACGAAAUGCCUACAACGACCAGCAAGAAAGCAAAAUAUCUUAGCAAACGAUUCGACAGCAGUUCGCGAAACUCCAGCCAGGACUCGAAGAGCGAUUACUACGACGCCAAUGAGCAACCGAUCGAGAUGGAAGACAUGGAGUCGGACGAAAUUUACUCACGACCUAAAGUGCACUCUCACGAGCACAUUCCCGGUGAAAUAGGAAUACCCGCAAAAGGCGUUGCCUCAUCCGGCUUUUACGAUAACCAGAUCUACUCGUCGACGUUCCCCAGCGCUCAGUCGAAACCUCCGGUGAAAGCGACGUCCCACGUAACUUCCAUCUCUCUACAAAACGUGGAGCUGGAUCGCAAUGCACGCAGCUACUCCGCCUACAAAUCACCCGAACCGGUACUGCCCCAGGCGAUGCCAAAACCAAUUGAGAAGCAACCUCCGAAAGCGACGCACAUCUGGCCGGAAGAGAUCGAAGGCCUACCGACCACCAUCAGCCAGAGUAGCACCGACACUCAACGGGUCGACCGGACCCGAGCGUUCCGCAAAAAAUCAGACAGUGAAAACAUAUUCAGCUUCGACAAAGAGAAAAUCGAAUCUCUUACAAGCAGUAUGAACGAUGAAACGCCCACUACAGCCAUCUUGGUGGAAACCAAAGCCAAAACGAGUCCUGAUUAUCCACUAACUCCUGAGCUGUUAUCAGAAUUCGAUAAGCAAAAGAUCGAAUCACCGCACGCUCUUCCCAAGCAAACACGCAAAGAGGAACUGAUGGCCAAGACUCACUUCGAAGAGUACAACCCGAAACUGAUCAUGGACACGCCCAUCCCGGGAGUGCUCACAUACACUCAUGCUACUGUCGAAAGAACCAAAUCAGACCCCAAUUCGCUGGCCAAUCGUCCUCGUUUAGGACCGAAUUCGCGGCGACAUACUCUCAUGCACCAGAAGUCCAUUGAUCUUACUCCAGCAGAUUCCAGCGAAGAGGAGUAUCUCUACAAGCAGAUCCCCAGUGCUCCACCGUUGUGCAAAUCUCAUGGCAGUCAUUUUGAACUGCCCCAAACGUACGAUAUGAACAUCCCAACCGUCGAGCUACCCCUGAACGGGUUCGAAGUUCCGAAGAGCUUCUUCAAAGAGUACGACCGAAGAACACACAAGGUGCUGAAAGAUGACAUUCCCUAUGUCCUGCACAAACGGCACGUCAUGAACGGAACGGCUCCUUCUCCAUCCCAAGACAAGCAGCACCGAUAUCCGAAACCGAAGAGUCCCAAGUCACCCAAAAGUCCCAAAUCUCCCAAGUCUCCAAGGUCCCCCAAGAUCGAAAUCCGUGAUGUAGCGGCUCAGAAGGAAAAUACGCUGCGGGUGCAAGAUGACUACGAAAUCGAACCGGGUGACAACGGGCAAGGUUUCCUGUUUACGCAGAACAUCGACCUUUCAAAGGUAGAUCCCGUAACGCUGGAGGUCGACAAGUCUUCCCAAACCAUUCAGCUCACCAGUCCGAAACGUGACAUUACCAAGAAAAUGGACCCUCUUCUGCUGGAACAGCUGAACAACAAGCUCAGCCAGAUUGAAAGCGAUUCAGCAACUAGUUCCCGAACCGAUAGCAAUCAACAUAAGAAGCUUGAGCCAAAGCCUGUCGAACUCCCCUAUGUGAUCGAGAAGAAAAAUAUAGAGCUAACCGUUCCAAAACGUGUUGCCAAACCCAGGAUGGCUCCAGUGAAAACGAAACCUGGAAAAGGUAAGAAAAAUGCAAAAACUCGAAUCACGUCCUUCUCGUCUGACGAUGAAAGUCUAGAUUCGGACGACGUAUUCGGUUCGGCAGAGGCCAUGCCAACUAAACUGGAAUUUUCACCGCCGCAAUCGAGAAAAGAGAUCGAGCCUAUCCUGAAACAUGAAUCCAGCAAGAUGGCUUCGAAUGCUUGGGCCCGGGGGCAGACAAUGAGCUCAACAGAGAUUGAAGGAUCUCCACCGCAAUGUAGGAAACUGGCGGAGCUUGAAAGUCGGUACAAUACCGGAUCCAACCUCAACACCCACCAGAUGACCAGCACGGAGCUAAGACGAAUCUCCGAACGCUCCUUCUCAAUCCCAAGCUCGGAAGAUGAAGCUAAGAAGGAUGAGUCGACUAAAGCAUACCACAUGACGGAGAAGAUUCCGUCGCCGAUAAUCGAAACCAACGAAGUUCACCGCACAGACGAUGAGGUGUACGAAACAGCCCGCGAAGAUAACUUGGGGUUUGCGAGAACCUUGAAGAAGGAACUGAGUAAAAAGUUCAAAGAAGAUUUUCAAGCUUUGCCAAUACCGAAGGGUGAAUCGAAGCUGUCCCCAUCUCGAACAAAACUGAUUGAGGAAAUGAUCGACUCGUCGAUUGUAAUGCGUUCCAAAGGGCACGCCCCAAUUUUGUUCGCGCAUGCUCGUCUGAACCUUAGCGAAGGAUCAGCUUUUGCUUCACUACAAAGACAAAAGGCCACGCAAGAUUCACCAACGUCAGGUCGACGUGCCAAGAGUUUGGACACACCCGUUAUCUCAUUGCACAAACUACCGCCGAUGAAUGCGUUCUCAUCGAAAGAUGACACGGUGGGCUACGACGAAGAAGCGGAAGUCUUGGAAGUAAAGCCGCUGCAGAAGAAGGAACAAAUCAUUGAAGAGGAACAAGACGAAUCAGUGCAUUCGUGUGCCGAUGCUAUCGUUGUCACCGAUAAGAAGUCAUCCCGACAGACAUCUACCAUCGAUGAGGAGGUCAAGGUGGUUCAGAUAGAUGACGAUGAGUUGGAACUGUUGGAUCGGUUGAAGUACAUAGAAAAGAUUGAACUACAGGGAGUUAAGAUAAAAGAGAAACGGAAAACAAAAACUAAACUGAAAAGUGGAGAUCAACUUAUUCUAGAGAUCCCCCGAUACAAGUUUGAGCCAUUCAGCUCGGGAAAUAGCUCACUGAAAACGUCUCCAGCAAUCAGUCGUGCAAGCAGCGUCGAAAGCACUGGUAAGGGUCGACAGAAAACUGACAGUGGAACGCAGACUCCAACUGGAGGUCAGUCAGCUGUAAAACAGAAGUGCAAAUCAACAAGCCCGAAAGGGUCGGAGAAGAUACCUCAACCGAAGCGACGAGCCUCGGAUGAAGUAAAGAAAACCUCUCCGAACGACAUUCUCCGAACCAAGAGUCAAGAAACAUUGGGGAAAAAAUCGAACGGGAAGGAGAAAUCCAAAUCACUGGAGAAAAUGGAGUUGAAACGCUUAGGAAGCAAGGAGAAGAAGUCGAUUGAGGAAACUGAGCUGGAGCGAGCCCGCCGUAAGGAACGUCAGCAGAAGCUUUAUGAAUCUGCCAUGAAACAAACCAUCAAUCUUCUGAGUCCGGUGAAAGAUCAAUUACCUCAAUUUCCAGCUCCUGAGGACAAAAUAUCGGUGAAGACUGAGGGCGACAAGAUCAUCAUUGAUGCAGAAGUAAAAUCUAAACCUGAAGAUCUUGUUUUCAUUGCCAAGGCUCCCAGAAAACUGGAUAGUUCUUUGGCAAAGAUUAGUCGUAGUUUUGAGGAUCAAAAAAGCGUUGAAAAACUGGAUAAGGCCAGUCGUAGCUUCGAUGAUCGUGGCAAGUCGUUUGAUGAUCACUCGGAUCGUUCGGAACAAGGAAACGCUGACGAUAGCAGCAGUAUUGUAUUGAAAUCUCCAACAAAACUGUCAAAGAGUCAAGAACUUAAGCAGAAAAUCGAGGGUUCUGUUGUGCAUAAGAAAAUGGAAGGUAAGUCCAAGAGCUUAGAGAAGAAAACAGAACCGCAAUACUUAGAUAUUGAAUAUAAGACACGAAGCCUCGAUCAAAACUACAUCGAUAACUACGUGGACACGACUUCACCAGAUUCCGAAGGUCAUACUCAUACGAGAAAACAAGAGGUAGUCAAGGUGGACGUCCAUCGUUCGAAAGGCGAGCCGAAAUCGGAUAAGAAACGAGACAGAAGAUCAACGGAUAGUGAUAGCAAGUCCGAGGAUCGUUCACGUUUCGAUAAGGGUAAAAGUCUCGACGCCAACUUGGGUAAUGGAAAAGAUAAAGCUCCAGCCAUAGAGCGCCGUUCACAGUCCCAACCGGAUGAGUUCACCGGGGAACUUGACAUGCAAGAUAUUAUUUCGGAGCGACGAACACUAGACCUUAUGAAGAGGCGAUCUGAGGAAAAGACUUUUGAUUCGACCAGUACCUUGACCGAUAACGAGGAUAAAAAACCAUCCAAAGUAGGGAGUGAAGAAUCAUUGACUGAGGUAAGUGAAAUAAGGGACCAGAAGGAUUCUUAUUUCCCAUGUCGUGUUCCUACAAUAGAAUACGAGGAGCCAUCGAUAGAAGAGGAACUGGAGGAAGAACAAGAGGUGGUAGUUCGUCCAGCUAAAAAGGAAAUCAUGGGAAAGCUUAACUUGGAGAGAAGUCGCAGUGAUGAAACUGCUUCAUGGGUUACCAUCGGCAGUGAGGAAUACACGGGAACUGAUGGUACAGGUCAGCAGGACAUUGAGGAUUUAACAAGUGGUCGAAAAAUCGAAAGUCAAGCAACUUUCGAAGACAUAAGGGAUAUUACAAUGCCAGAAUCGGAAGUUUCAACCUCCGACAUUACUGUAAUACACACGAAGAAAAUUGUCUCUGAAAAAACCUUUGAUCGUCCCUUACCCCAGAUUCCAGAAAAGAAAAAGAAAGACAAAUCUCCAACUAAAGAAGAACCCAAGCCCAUGCCUGACGAAACAGAAGGAAAGCAGGCUUCCGAACGAAGGGGCGACUUCUUGCGACUUUCGAUAGAACGAUCCCGUAGUUCGGAUACUGGUUCAAGUCGUGAGAACGAAAACAGCCCAGUUCGGCAAGAUUCAAGUACUCCUCGUGGCAAGGGUUCUUUGGAUGAGGAAUCCAGUGUAAGCUGUUCCAUUGCUAGGCCGCUAGGAAUAUCGCAAGAUAUGGAUUCAAUGGACCACAUAAAAUGUCACGAAUUGAGAGAAGCUAUGCUGAAAAUGGAAGAAACAGAAGAAAUCAAAACCCCUACCAAGAAGUUCUCUCCCACUUUAGAAAAGCAGUAUCCCGUAGAUCUUGGAUCAGGAUCGGAAUUAGACGUUGACACUGUUGAAGAUCGAAUCGCAAGAAUUUUACAACGAGAAGAAAGUGAAUCAAGCUCCGAUAACGGAACCACUCAAAAGCCAAAGGUAGUGAAACCUGUUCGAACAACUUUGAUACACAAAAAAGUUUGCAGAACAGCUCAACCAAAUGAAAAACAGCAGCAACAAACAACUGCUGAAUUGAAGACUGGAACUCUGAAGCUUCUAAGCGCAAAUGGAGACAGAAGUUCUCUAGAAUCUAAAUCUAGCCUCGAAUCAAAAGGAUCAAUGGGGUCAUUUGAAACGGAGAGCAGUUCUGGUUCGCUAGGGGCAGCUCAACGAAAAGGUGACCUAGGGCAAAAAGAAGCCAUGUCGACAUGGAAACCUUUCCCAAUAGAGAGCUCAGGUAGCUCCAGUGUUGAAGAGAAUUGGCUUCCACCGGAUCAAGAGAGCUACGAAAGUUUCGACAUAGCUACUGAAACCAUCGAAUUACAACGAGUUGCACCUCCUGACCAGAAAGAAUCUUCACCCGAUGAGCAAAAAGAGAGCGAUUCGGAUUUCCAGGAUGACCUCAACGAUUUUCCAGCUACUUUCGGAUACCCGGAGAUGACUUCAUCACUGGGCAUCGCAAUGAAUCCCGUAGAUAUUCUGAACUAUGGAACUGGAUUCACAAUCGGUCGAACACUAUCCAGGAUUUCGGAAAGAAGCACCAAUUCAGAAAAAUCUAGUGCGGAAGACAAUGAAGCCGAAAAGUCCAGCCUUGAAGAUCUGAGUGUUCAUGACGAGUCAGCGAUUUCGAGUGAACAUCAAGCAAGCCUUAGCUCUGAUUUACAUUCCAAUUCAAAUCCAGCGUACAUCUCCGAUGCCGAUCGCCGCACAUCUGCCGAAAUGCCAGACAUACCAUGCGAUUCAGCGGCAGCAGAACGGUUGUCCGAGAUUUAUCAGAAUAAUGUCGUUAAAAGUGGACGUUUCACUGUACAACAGGUGACAGACAGUGGUCCCAAAGAGGAAGUAAAACCUACCUUACAGUGUAUGUCUGCUGGUGGAAGCCAAGAUUCUGAAGACUGGCCCUUACCGGAGAUACCUUACGACAGUACUCCGAUUGAAAGAUAUGAUCCUAACUUUAUUCCACCAUACCCAGACAAACCUUAUCCAAGGCAGCAAUGGAUGGGUUCAGCGGCAACUGGUCAGUCCCAGGAAUCAGAUCAUUGGCCCACGCCUCCAUCUAGCAUGCUAGAUACUCCUAUAGUAGAAAAUGUCCAAACAUUCCGCGUUUGUGAAGCUCAGCAUGCAACUCAGGUGAUGGUCGAAUCGUACACCGAACCUACUGGAGACGAAGAUUCUGAUCCAGACUACGCUGAAGUACCCGAUGAGGCUCCAGAACCUCCUAAACGAGACUACAGUCUCGCAAGUGUAUCUACUGCUAAAGCACCUCCCUCGUUAUCGAUGGUUGUACCUUAUGAAAACACGGCCUAUCUUAUGUCAACAACGAAUGAACCUGCUCCUUACGAAGGCUAUGAAACCAAUACUUGCUUGAGUAGUGCUAUAGGGCCCGCAAGUUGUCUACGUACGACGUUCGACGCCUGUUCGAGCCAAAAGUCUUUCACGAAUCAAGGUUUGGGAAAGGAACCAAGUCCUGACAAGGUCAUUAUAUCGCAACCAACGAAAUCGCCACAGAACUUGAGUCCAAUCAACGACGAUGACUUCUUUUUCAACGAUGAGGUAUUUGGCCCAGGAACGGUGAAGAUCGAAAUAUCGCCUGACGACAGUAAACCUCCGUCAGACUUCACCGUUCAACAAAAGUUCUCGCGAAGUUCCAACAAUUCAGACACCUCCAUCGAUGACCUGCUUUCAACUUCAUGUGGAACUUACAUGGAAGAUACAGUUCGCCGUAACUUGGAACCUCGACGUCUAAGCAACGAAUCAUGUAAAAAGUGCAGUCAUAGUAGCCAUUCUGAAGAGGAAACCAGUUCUUUCGGAACCGAUCUCGACGGAACAGUCAAAAUGGGUUUGCAGCAAAAACGAUGUACCCACAGCUCACAUUCGGAGGAUACUUCAAUUGGUCUUAGCAUCUCUGAGUGGUCUACUGGUACCAAUACAGUAAGACAGUACGCAAAUCUAUCCGGAUCGGACAGUCUGUCGGCGGUGUCAGAUCAUUCUCGUAAUGCUAAAAGUGAAAAGUCCGGUCAUACGAAGAGUAGCGUUAGCUCGAUCCACAAGUCCACGGAGUCACUGGAUGAAAAGAGUGCAAGUUUAUCGAGUAGUAAUAAUAAGCGAUUUUCGUUGGAGAAUAUUUCGGAUGGCCCAAAGUAUGAACCGUUUAGUAACUCUACGGAUACUGAUAAGUUUUCGUCCGGGACGAAAAGCGAUGAUACGACGUUGACGUUGACUGAAAUGGCGCAGACUAUUACAGAAUGGUCAACUAGCAGUAGCAAUACACUGAUAGCACAGGCCGACGCCUUGAAGCACAUUGAAACUAGAGGUGAUAGACCAAUGACCAGAACUACAUUUCAAUACGUGCCGCUCAAGCCACCGAAGGUGAUCAAGAAACCAACCUUGGAAGAGAAGAAAAAUCUACCAACGGUUCAUACCAAGCCUAAAUUAAAGGCUGUUACUGCAUCCGAUGUAUUGGCAAUGGCAGCUGAUACGAAACCUCCUCCUCCGGAUCUAAUUCCAAAAACUGUAGAACGGCCUUUAAGAAUCCCACCCAAAAUAGUAGACAUGAUCGAGAAAUCUCCUAAGAAAUCAGCUGUUUCACAACUUCCAAUUCAGCAACAACCUUUGCCUCAAUCCUCGGGCAUAUCGUUGGAAGAUCUACCAUCUUACGUUGAUCCUGUGCCUGAACCAUCCACCAGCAAACGAAGAACACUAGAAUUGAUGUCCCAGCGUUAUGUUAGUCAAGAUAUUUCGGAAUCUGAACCUUUCAGUGAAAAGCUCUACAGUCAACAGGACAAACAUACCGAACGAUAUCAAAGUCAAGAACUUCAAACGCUAUCAAAGCCUCAGAAGCCUCCGCGAGGAGAUUCUCUACCGAGUAACGCCUCUGUACCAAUGGUCGAAAAGCCACUUGCCAAGCACCAUAGCUACGACGACAAGACCCUGUCGAAGUCACAAAUCCGCGAAUACAAAUCCUCAAAAAUGCGACACAGUCAAUCGUUCCACGAACAUCUAGUAUCUUCCGAUCUUAACAAAAUUGUAGAAGAAAACAUGGGAAGCUCGUCGACUACGACUACACACAGCAGUGAAGCUACGGCAAGCACGGACAAUUCUUCUCCGAUGUUUCCUCGACCGGAAAAAUUGAUCCGCUGUUCACCGUACUAUUCAAGCAGUUUAAGCUCGGAAUCGCCACCGAUACAACCAAUGUCACAACCGCCAGUGCAGAAACCACCUCGUAAGACUUCGUUGCCUCGUAAUAUGGCUCCCAAGAGUCCUCCAAGUGGUAACGACACGGAUAGCUCGCUGGAUCUACGGCAACAGGAUCCUAAACUUCGUUCUCGGAGUUAUCGGAAGAAGCGUACUGUUCCAUUGAAGAAGAGUCGCCUGGAUAACCGACCUUUGGAACAUCAGGAAAGCUCCGAGUGUUCUGAAGGAUACUUCCCGGAAAUUGAGUCUGGUAGCUCGGAUGUCAUCGAACAUCAAUAUCAUCGUUAUCCGGAUUUCGAAGAGGAGUUGGAACAGUUGCCCGAAGAUUACGAAGACGAAACUUAUCGCGUAGAGGACGAGCGAGAUAGCAAGAACGGUGGUGGGGUUUAUCCAAGUGCGUCGUACUCAAACAAAUUCGAAGGUUUGGAUAUGACGGAGAACGUGGACGAAAUGGGAUUUCCUCGAUACGACCGACUAGGUCAUAUCACCAAUCCUAAUUUGUACAAGUCGGAUACACCUUCUCCACCGGUGAAACCGCUGAGACAACGCAAGCGACAGGUCAAGCGUGAUGAAGCAGACACAGAGUACGCCGGAGUUCAGUACACUCCGGAAAGUGGAAGCUGUUCGGAGACGAAGGCAGGUCUGUCCGAUGAUGUUUGUUACUCGAGCGAGGACAGUUUUGCUGCCGCCUACCAACAUGCGUUGAUUGGUGGUGCCCGCUAUCAGAAGAACGUCGAAAUACCGUACCCGGACUUUUUGUCAGAUUACGAAAACGAAUCAUCGUCAGCGUGUUCGUACGCCCGCCGAAUGGAACACGAUCGACGACGGUAUGUCGAGCGAGAACACGGAAGUGGAAGCGCGCCGAGCUAUCCCGACUCGGAAAAGAGCACAGAAGCAUUGGGAUUCGAUCUCAAAGCACUUCCGCCUCCAAUGUUUGCCGAAGAGCAAGAAGAGGAGGAGGAAGAUGAAAACGAAAUGGAGGAUAAUGCCAUCUAAGCGCGCGAAGACUGAGUAAACCAUUAAACGAUACCAAAAACGUACGGAGCAAACGAACGAAACAGAUGUCGCUGUGAAUAAUUGAUGUGCGUGAGAGGAACCUAACAUGAAGUCACGGCGACAUCUAUUAGUGAGAUUUUAUACUAACCGACAUCGAGUGUCGCCAUCUAUGUUGCGAGGGGUCGUUUUAAACACUUAAUACUAAAGCUAUAUUUCGUUAGAUAAUGGGUUGAAGAUUUUAAUAUGCAAUUGCUGAUAAGCAGAUGUCGAUGGAUGAUUAUAUAUAAAUAUAUACAUAUUCUAGUUGUUACUUCAGUCUAAUCAAAGUUUAACAACCUUAUACAUAAACUGCAAACCUAGUCUCAAGUAAGAAGCAUUUAUUAUAGCAACUAAAUCAUAAAAUACCGUAGAUUUAGCAAUGACUUAAAUACCAUUUUUAUGCCUUUUUGGGUUGUUUAUGCUUGGUGCAUAUCUCCUUCCGAAAUGGGUGCGUUUUCAAAUAAUUCAAUUUUCAAACCAGAAAACUAACUGUUGAGUGACAAAUUCGCUAUGAGCAAUGAUUCAAAAAGCUCACGGAUACCACCGCCCUAGCGUAAGUUUAGUACUGUUUAGCGUUUAGUUUUUGUCUAAAGUCAGUUGGAUGUGAGUGGGUUAUACUUUAAAUUCAAAUUUGGUUGAUCGUAGCAACCUGUGUGUAAAUUUUAUUCUGCAUUUGUGUAAUGAUAUGUGCAGUUGUUUUCAUUUUUGUACCUUCGAUCGCAGUAAACCGUGCAUUAUCUACACAUCUCUCCUCGCCUACUGUCAAGGCGAAUAUUCUACAUUAGAAAUUAGUAUAGUAUAGGUAAAAUAUUCAAAGCAUGAUAAACAAUUGUUAUAUUCUCACUCAAAACAUUUAAAAGAAAUAAGAAAUGCAUUUAGAGACAGAUUUUAGAUACUUUAACUUGAGAAAAGUGACGCAUUAGAAACAGACGGUUACGAAAGGUAUCGAAAUGGGUGUUGACGGAAAAAGAAAGGACGUCUAAAACAAUGUCUAUAGUUGUGAUUGUUGUUAAGUGAACCAACAGGUAUUCGUAAUUCAAUUCAGAUGAUUCUAUUGCUUCAGAACCUCUAUCAAGCUCGUGCAAGACGAAAUGCGCAGUAUAUCGAAAUGUUUGUUGAAUGGUUGUCUCUCAAAAAGAUUAUAUUGGUAGGAGAAUAAAAAUACGCAUAGAACGGAAAUAAUUUACCGCUUUCGAACAAGUGAUAAUCGUGUGUCAAACCGUAACUGUCAAGCCAAACUAAAUCAAAGCCAAACCUACGAGAUAGGUGAUUCUGUUUCCAAGGAAAUUAUGUGAUGGACUAGCCACUUCUUCCGGUGUACUUUUUACCUGAAACCUGUUUGGUCAAUCUGAAAUGAAAUCUGUUUUCUACAGUUCAAUUCGUUCGAAUUUAUUGACAGCAAUUUUAUCAAAAAUAGAACAUUUGAUUAAUGAAAACCAUCGUACGAGAAAGUUUACAUUACAAGUAAGUCAAGCAAAUAAAGAUAUAAGAUAUUUUAUAACGAAUUUUUGUCUUUUGAGAUUAUUUAAUCGAGUGAUAUCGAUAAGUAAUAUAUGCAUUAAAAUUAACCAUUUAAUACAGAAAAAAAACUAAACGAUAUAGUUUAUUAUAGUAAUGUUGUUUAUUGAAUGCAAAAGAUUCAAAUAUAUUGACAAAAUAACUGAAAGACAAGUAUGCAAGCCAAUAAGAUUCUACAGUUCAGAGUAGCCGAAAAGAAUAUAAAAAAAAUAUCGAUCGACUGGAGUAGACGGAAAGUGCUGCAAGAAAAAAAAAACAUGAACAUCUAAAUGCCAAACCAGCGAAAAAUGAUAUCAUCAAUUCAUCUCUUUCUAUUACCUUUUAAAUCCGACUCUAAAAUCACAACUGAAGCAACCGAGAACAAUUACUAUUAAGUAGCAGUAGAACCUAAAGUAACUAACAGCGGUAAAUCUGUACGAGCCCCACAUAGGAUGAUUCAUUGUCUGUCAAACUAUGAAACUAAACCAAACCAAGUUGUCCACCCAUGUUGCCAAAAAAAACGUCAGGAAAACGAAAGCAGAGGCCAACUACAUGCGCGCACGAGGCAGCCAUCAACAAUAACCGAAAUCCCAGAACAAUUCACCCGCACGUGACAAAGUGUAAUGAUAACAUAACAGAAAACAAGUAUUGGUAAUAAAUAGCAAGUUUGGAAACUUUAAAAUAUUUCGGAAAAAUUUAAAA